AUGCUCACGCCUGCUAUACUCCUACUCGCAACAGCAGUCGUCGCACAACAUGAGAACGCCACCCUCCUCAUCCCCACUCGAAACCAAGCCGUGCCAACCGACGCAUUCACCGUAAAAUGGACCUACGAUUUCGACUACAGCGGCCUCUUCAUCCUCCUCCUUUCCCCGCAUACGAAGAGCUACUGGACAGGCUAUGUCGUAUCCACGACCGUUUUCGCAGAAGAGAGUUCCACGAGUCUGCCCGCGGGUGUGCUUUCUUCUGUUUCUGCACAUAGCACCUCGCUUCUUGAUUUGAUUCUUUAUUCGAUGGAUGGGACGAGUAUGGCUGGGCCUCAAGUGUUUAAUGUUUCGCUGCUUGGGACGCCGGCGACUGUUACGGCGACAUCCACUGUAACUUCCGAGGUGCAAGAAGGGGAUCCCGACGAUGGUAGAGGAGGACUGUCGACCGGUGCAAAAGCUGGAAUUGGUGUCGGGGCUGGCGUGGGUGCUCUCCUAGUCGUAACUGGGAUAUUCGUCUUGUUCUGGUGGAGAUGGAAGAGUAAGAAGCCCAAGACUAUACGCGAGAUCUCUGCGGUUGGACCAGCUUCAGCUCUUUUCUGGGGUGGCCAGGGACAUGGGCAGGAGAAGAUGGGGCCUGAUAAUGUACCUGGUCCUGUGACACUGCUGUCGGAGGGUGGGACGUCAGCACGGAGGUUUGAAUUGAGUUAA